CUGGUGGGGGGCGGCGGCUGGGCGUGGGGAGGCGUGCGGCGAGUUGACCCGAGAGCCCGGUGCGUGAGGGGGCGCCGUGCCCGGCGCUGCAGCCGUCAUGUCUGAGGACUCGAGCGCCCUGCCCUGGUCCAUCAACAGGGACGACUACGAGCUGCAGGAGGUGAUCGGGAGUGGAGCAACUGCUGUGGUCCAAGCAGCGUAUUGUGCCCCCAAAAAGGAGAAAGUGGCAAUCAAACGGAUAAACCUUGAGAAGUGUCAGACUAGCAUGGAUGAACUCCUGAAAGAAAUUCAAGCCAUGAGUCAAUGCCAUCAUCCUAAUAUUGUGUCUUACUACACGUCUUUUGUGGUAAAAGAUGAGCUGUGGCUAGUCAUGAAGCUGCUAAGUGGAGGUUCUGUUCUGGAUAUUAUUAAGCAUAUUGUGGCAAAAGGGGAGCACAAAAGUGGAGUCCUAGAUGAGCCGACCAUUGCUACAAUCUUGCGCGAAGUCUUAGAGGGAUUGGAAUACCUGCACAAGAAUGGGCAGAUCCACAGAGAUGUGAAAGCUGGAAACAUUCUCCUAGGAGAAGAUGGCUCUGUACAGAUCGCAGACUUCGGUGUUAGUGCUUUUUUAGCAACUGGUGGUGACAUUACCAGAAACAAAGUGCGGAAGACGUUUGUCGGCACCCCGUGCUGGAUGGCACCCGAAGUUAUGGAGCAGGUUCGAGGUUAUGAUUUUAAAGCUGAUAUCUGGAGUUUUGGAAUCACAGCGAUUGAACUGGCCACAGGGGCAGCUCCUUAUCAUAAAUAUCCACCAAUGAAGGUUUUAAUGCUAACACUCCAGAACGAUCCUCCUUCUUUGGAAACCGGUGUUCAAGAUAAAGAAAUGCUGAAAAAGUAUGGAAAAUCAUUUAGAAAAAUGAUUUCAUUGUGCCUUCAAAAGGAUCCAGAAAAAAGACCAACAGCAGCAGAGCUAUUGAGGCACAAGUUUUUCCAGAAAGCAAAGAAUAAAGAAUUUCUUCAAGAAAAAAUAUUACAGAAAGCACCUACCAUUUCUGAAAGAUCUAAGAAGGUUCGGAGAGUACCGGGUUCCAGCGGCCGUCUCCAUAAGACAGAGGACGGAGGCUGGGAAUGGAGUGAUGAUGAAUUUGAUGAGGAAAGUGAGGAAGGGAGAGCAGCCAUCUCACAACUCAGGUCUCCCCGAGUGAAAGACUCACUAUCAAAUUCUGAGCUCUUCUCAGCAGCUGAUCCCAUGGGUACUUUGCUCCAAGUUCCAGAACAGAUUUCUGCUCAUCUACCUCAGCCUUCUGGCCAGAUGCCUACACAGCCUGCUCAAGUCUCUCUCCUGCCCCCUGCCGAGCAAGUGAAAACUGCACAGGCUCAGUCUACAGGAGACCGCUCCCAGGAGACCAAGGUCCCUAUCAGUCUAGUGUUGAGAUUAAGAAAUUCCAAAAAAGAACUAAAUGAUAUUCGAUUUGAAUUUACUCCUGGGAGAGAUACAGCAGAGGGGGUCUCUCAGGAGCUCAUUUCUGCUGGCCUGGUGGAUGGAAGGGACUUAGUAAUAGUGGCAGCUAAUCUGCAGAAAAUUGUGGAAGAACCUCAAUCAAACCGAUCUGUCACUUUCAAACUGGCAUCUGGUGUUGAAGGUUCCGAUAUUCCUGAUGAUGGCAAACUAAUAGGAUUUGCCCAGCUCAGCAUCAGCUAAACCUCAGUCCUGGAAGAGUCAGCCUAAGGAGGUGCCACACAUGCCUAUCUGUUGCUUCUGUUGGCCUGAACCUACAACUGCCAAAGAACCCAGCAACAAACUUCCCGGCUUGGAGCUUUAGAGUUCUUUAUUUGUGUUGUUCUUGCCAUCUCCCCAUCCCGUUUCCCCACAAGGAGAGAAAAGUUGGAUUCCCAGUGGCCAGCAUCCCCUCAGAGAGUUCCGUUAGUAGAUAUGCUGCCCAUGUCCCCUCUCUUCCUCCAUCUGAGAAGCAGCCAGCGUGCCUCAAGGCCCAGGGUAGAAAUCUCUUAGCUCAUUCUUGCCUUACUACAGUGAUGGCCCAAGUGGAUAGUAGCAGCUGCAUUGGGCAUCCUCAUCUUGCCGGUUCUCCCACACCUGCUGGGAUAUCUUGGGAUAUCUCUUUAACAUUGAAGUAGCAAUUAAAAUUGAUUGUUCAGCUGGAGCCCAGAGAAUUUAAUUAGUGUUUUUUCUUUGUACCUGAUGCUAAUUCUAGCAACCUUUGUUAGGAAAAAGCACAGCCUCAGAUGGAGGCAGCCUAAACUCUUGUCUGUUCUGUUCCUGGUGUCUCUACGUGUUUUGCUGAAGCUGCUCUCAGGCACCCCCUUCACUGCUCCCUCCAGAAAGGGUUGCUAGCCUUAACUUCAGCUGGUGCAAAACACCUGACAGGAGUCAGACUUCAGCCGUCCGCUCCUUCAGAGUGGAACCUCGGGUGGUUUUUGCAGAGAACAUCAAGUAAUGGCUUAUAACUCUUAUCUUGCCAGAGGUAGUUUUUGAGCAAGAAAAGGAACUCGUAAGUCAUAUCAUUGGGAAAGCAUUUUCAAUUUUAAAAAUUUAAACUGAAGAAAAACUGACCCUUGAUCCUCCUGUGAAGAUGGAUUUGCCUGGCUUCUGCGUCAUGAGGAAGUGGUGUGCACGGCUGAGACUUUGACAGCAGUAAAGGAGGCCGGCCUGGGCCAGAGGCCUGCCUUCUGCUCCUCCUGCACUGACUCCUCGGAGGGGUCUUCAUUCACUGAACCUGACCCAAGAUGGAACAUGAAACCACACGUGCCGUGACCUUUAGGUUUUAUGAGUAGACAGUGUUAAUUUGAUUUUCUACAGAAAUUAUGUAAAUUAUUCUUUAGGUUUAAAAAAGAGCACUCAAUGCAAUAUGUGAAUAAUCAGUGGGGUUGGUUUUUCUUUUUUCCUACUCUUUAAUAGCAUUUGUCUGAUUGCUAAUAAGCCUACCAAGUUAACAAAUUUUAUAUAAGAAUGGAAUAGUCAGUCUGGCCUUAAAGAGACAUACAAAGAUGGGCUGUGGCCCCUAGAAAGGGACUAGUUAGUUGCCUUUUAUAGAGUUCCUUGGACCUGCCAUUGUUGUUCUGAUGAACAAGAAUUGGUACCUAAUGUGUUCCCACCCUCACACCGGCCCCACAUAGUUCUGAGGAUCAAACCACAGUAUUGCUCAUGCAGGCAGCUCUGGAGUUUCCUCUUGGGACACACCCAAGAGCUUCCCUGUCCUGAUUGUGUCACCUCCUGUGCCAUUCUGAGCCUGCAGUUUGUCAUGGACUUUCUUCACCUGUUAGGAGUGCAAAGGCAUGUUGGGAAAGGGAUGCUGGAAAGGAAGAGAAGAUGGGCCUGAGAAGGAAGUUCAGAGGCGAAUAGAUUAGAUACCAGAGUCCAAGGUCCCAGCAGGAUUCGUGAAAGGAGGAACCUGCUGAGCUAGGAGAGAGAACAAAGAUUGACCAGCUAGCUAGAAAAACAUUCACCCUCCCUCCCUCAUUCCCUCCCUCCCUGCCUGUCUCCCUGUCUCCCUGUCUGUCUUUCUUAAUCUUAAUAGAGAGGUAGGACUGUGAGGAAGCAAGGACAGGGAGCUGUGAUUGAGGUACAGAAAACAGGUGUGUCAUCUUUGGCACAAGACUAGUGGCUUGCUAUAGAAUCUGUUUUGCUUUCAACAGCCUGUCUUAAUUCACUUAAGACCUCAAGAAAGAAUGUGUAACAUCACUCUGUUGUAGUUUUUGACUUGAGGUGGUCCAGUGCCGGGCUGGAAAUAUGCAGCAGCCCCUCUCCUGUUCACGUUCUUCAGACCAUCUUCACCUUUGCCCUGGUGUGGGGGACAGGCAUGACAGUAAAAGUGGUCUGGGCUUUCUUUUUCAGUUCAUCAUUUGCUUUUCUGGGAAUUAGAAGGUAGGCACCAAGACCCAGGACAGUGUUACUUGUUCUGCAUGAUGUGUGGUGAAUCCCUCUGCUGGCUUACACAGUGAUGUGAGAUACCAGUCAAUGGAAACUGCCCAGGCGGGACAGUGUGGAACCCGGGGCCCAUUUCUCUCCUUCCCGGGAUCAGUGCUUCAGGGUGGACCUCUGUCACUAGGUCCUCAAGAUACCCUUGUCCCUGGAGGAGAGACUAACUAUAGCACAAGAUAAUAUGUGCCAAUGCUAUUUGUGAAAUGUGUGGUCUUUCUAAACAAUUAAAGGGAUUGUUUUUGGUUUUUUAUUUUCUUUUUUUUUGAACCAAAUCUUAGAGCCAGCUGAGACUGUUAAAUAAUCUGGAGGAUGGGAUAAUGAUGUACCAGUAAAUGUAAGUUCCUCCUUACGACAUAUGCUAGAUGAUGGGAGAUGUAAAAUAUUACCUUCCCCCUCUUCUCUUGACUUUGUAUUUUACUGCAUGUUUUCUUCUUCAUUUUUAAUCAAUAAAGAAUAAAUUGUCUGUAGUGA